GUCCGAUUUGUUAAGUGGGACUAUUACGAUGUACACCAAGUUUGUACAAGAAAAAUUCUCGAAACACGUUAAGACGAGAUAUGCAUUGCAAUAGAUGGUACGUCAAUUUCAUCAGACGCAAUCUUUUGCUCUCUUAUUUAUUAAACCGAAACACCUAUAUAAGUAUAGCGGUGACAUAAAUUACUCAUUCAUACACAAAUAUAGGUACCUAUCCAUUUCAAUUUAGUGCACUAUGUAAAAAUAUGGCUUAUGAUAGUCAUAAUCAGUAAUAAAAAAGCCUGAUUAGGAUGUCAACAAUGCCAACAGGGUGAUGAAGUAACAUCAGGGCGAUUUAUCACUUAUAAUUUUAUUCGCGAAUCGUCUUUUAAAGUGUUCCCUAGGAACAGUAAAUUCUCUCUCUUCUAUACAAAUAAUUGCAACGGUAAACCUUCUCCCGAAAUGUUGAAUUGUGAUUGGAUUGAUGCCGAACUCUUGCGUAGAAUUUUGGUGGCAGACAAACAAGACUCAGGCUCCAGCCAUGUAAACGUAAUCAAUUUUAAAGUUGAAGCAGCAACAAAAAAGGGUGAUAACUAUGCUAGUGAAAUGUAUAGAGCCGUUAUUCAGUACGAAAGGCAUGGGAAACCUAUGAAAUGCAAACGAAUUUUGAAGGUGAUUCCAUCCGGGGAGAUUCAACGGAUGAUAAUGGAAAAGAAUAGCCUGUUUCCAAGGGAGAUAACAGUCUACCGGGAUAUUCUACCAAGGAUCCACAGUAUGCUAGAAAGCAUUGGAGAUCCCACAUUAAUAUCUCCUAAAUGUGUCUUCACUACUGACGACCCUGAGACUAUGUUGGUGUUUGAGGAUCUUAAAGACGCGAACUUCCAAAUGGUAGAUCGUAAGCUUGGUCUGGACUUGGAGCAGGCUAAAUUGGUAAUAGGCAAACUAGCAAAGUUGCACGCGUGUUCAGCGGUUAUUUAUCAAACGAAUCCAGAACUGAUGGAGUGUCUACUAGAGGGAGCGAUUUGUACACAUCCUGAAAGACAGGACUUCUUAAUAUUUUACAAAAUGUGCUCUCGCGAAGUUGCGCGUCUUGUAGAAAGCUGGAACGACCCCGCCUUCAAUCAUCUAUUGAAUAAGUUGAGAAAUUUAGAACAUACCAUCAUCAACAAAGGAGUGAAGGUAUACACUCGAGACGAAUCGUGUUUUAACGUGUUGAAUCAUGACGAUGUUUGGGUGAACAACAUGAUGUUUAAAUACGGCGAAAAUUCCGUUGAGGACGUCCUAGUGUUCGAUUAUCAACUGGCAUAUUUUGGAUCACCAGGAGUCGAUCUGAACUACUUCCUGUUCGGAUCCGUUCAAGAGGCGGUUCGUGAAAAAUAUUGGAUGGAACUUAUAAGGAAUUAUUAUGACAUCUUGACAUCUACCUUGGAAAAAUUGAGCUAUUCUGGAGCAAUGCCAUCGAUCGAAGACAUUCACGUGGAGAUCAUUCGCAAAGGAUUUCAUAGAGUAAAUGCUGUUUUCUGUCUAUUACCAAUUGCGUUCAUGGAGAAGACAGAGAAUGCUGAGAUGGAUACGUUUUUACAGGAAAGCGAAGCUGGUGAAGCGUUCAGGAAACAGAUAUUUGGCAAUCCUCGAUUAGAAGGCAUACUGCGGCGGGCAUUGGUGCAAUUCGAUCAGUUACGUUUCUUCGAUUGAAUAUUGUGGAUUUAUUAUCGAAAAUGAUAACCAUAACAAGUUGCCGAGCCAAGUUUCAGUAAAAUAUAUUUCGUAGUUUCUGAUAGAUUCAUCCACCUACAUUACAUUUUUACAUAAAUGUUUAUAAGUAACCUGUUAGGUACUUAAACCCUUGUUCAGUGUGCUAUUAAUGAAGUAUAAGUGCGACAUAAGUUACACAUAACUGAUAAUCAGCGAAUAAACAGUAGAA